AUAAAGAUAUAUCUUAAUUCGGUAACUAAAUAGUUCGGUAUCUCGGAGUGGCGAUUCUGACUUUUAAUUUAGCGUAAAUGUAAGCUAUACCAUUAGGACUGGGUUCCAUAGACAAUUUUUUAACCUAAUAUUACGUAGCUCAUCUUUAAGCGAGAUCUAUGUAUGUGAAAAGUGAAAAAAACUUUAAUUUUAUUUUGGCUUAAUACAGAUGUUCCAGCCCUAAAUUAACCUUUAAUGUUGGCAAUUUUACGCUGUUGAUCAUUGGGGCCCAUACCUGUUGUUAUUCUCCAACUUUAUCCCGAAACGUUCAAAGUUUCCUUCUUUGAUAAUGUGCCGAUAAAUUUAUUUUUAAUAGAUUUUCUUAUCAUUUUGAAAAUAAGUUUGAUAUUUAAAAUUCAGAAAAACAUAAUAAAAAGUGAUUGGUCUGAAAAUUACCCGUAACCCGAGAAUUUUCUCACAAAGCGCAAAACUAGCCAUAGCGGCCCAAAAUUUCUGAGUGUCAACUAAAUUCAUUGUUUUAAGUAAAAAAAUUUCGCAAGUCUUAAUUCUGUUAUCCGAAAAACAGAGGCGUAAGAAAUCACUACCAAAAGUUUUGAAUUGUUUUUGUAUGCGUUUGCAUGCAGCUCAAAGAAAGCGGGGAAGGGUGAAAUAGGCCGGAGCGCGAUCAGCUAGUCGUAGUACAAAAUGUCCUAUGAAAUCAAAUCGACACCAUUUUUUCGACGCAUGGUUAGUGCCAGCAAAAAGAAUGGCCAGCUGCAGCGGUUGAAGGAGGAAUAUGAACGUAUUAAGGCGUUCAACGAUCGUACAAUCGAAAUAAAGAUGCGUCAGAUACGCUUGAAGCGCCUAUUUCGCGAGAUCGAAGAAAUCAAGGAGUCAUCAUCGCAGUGCAAACAACGACGCGUAGCCCCAGAUCGUUUGAAAACAAACGAGGAGAUGCGUAUGGAGACGCUGCUCAAGGCCAAGGCGCUGGGAAAGGAGUAUUCGAAAAUGAAUGCGUUGGCUGAUCGUUGUACAUCGCGUCUUUAUACUAUGGGGUCGGGUGCUGCUGUCGAGUGCAUGCCUUCGCGCGUCGAAUUGGAGCGCAAAGCGCGUUCAGAUAAACGCAUCAGUUACGGCAAUGAUUGUUCGCGCAUGAAUAUACAAAAGAUUGCAACAGCGCAUCGUAAGCCGGCUGGCAAGCAGGUACUCGCUGGGGAAAAACGACUCAAUGCAUUAAAAGAGAAACUAAAAACUCGGCUAUCGUUUGGCAACUCGUGUUCCCAUCGCAAUCUAGCGAAGAAAGUCAAGAAAGAAAGCCACAAAAAGACUACUGAUGCCGCAUCAAUUAGCUUGUUAACCAACUCACAAAUUGCACAUAUGCUGGAACGAGACUCCCAAUGCCAAUUCGCGUGUGCCGCUGAGUCUAAUGAGCUGCCGAUUAUGUCGUUUACCGAUUCUGCACAGCAUCGCAAAAGCUUCGCCGAUAUAUGCACAAGCAGCAGUUCUCGAACAAUCGCCAACCAGCCAGAUGGCACUGCCAAAAGUGAAGAAGAUCCACAUGUUCGCGCGAGACGACACUGGCGCAGGCUCGCACUCAUUGCACGCCAUCGCCUUGACACACUUGGUCGUUGUUAUAUGCAACCUUCCAUAGAAAAUACCCAAGAAGAAGACUCGGAAGAGUAUACUUUGCGCGGAAUUUCCAAUGACACUGACCUGCCAAUUAGUCAACUUUGUGGCAAACUUGCGCCACCUGAUUCGGAGAGUGAUCUAUCGCUCGGUGAGCUGUUGCUGAGCGUUGAGUCGCUCGCUCCAUUGGAGAUGCAACCACUGCCGGAUCCUACGACAAUUUGCACAGGAGCACGAACUACUGACGAGGGCACCAAUCAAAUGGAUACGCGACGCAAGGUGCAGCAAUAUGUGAAAAUAGGUAAGCCGAUUGUGCAUGCGGCACAGAAAGAGUCUUCAGAGUUAGGUUUUGAGAAGAUUCGCAGUAUUUUCGAACAUCAGACUGCCGCAGCAGUAGAGGCGCACGAAAUGGGAACGGAGAAGUAGAAUAGCUUUCGCUGUAUGUAUGUAUGUAUGUCUCAAUAGGCGGAAAAAAGAUGCGGUGUACAUUAUUUUUGGAUUAAAAUGUAAAAUUCUAUGAGGAUUGUAUUUUUUUUAGUCAUGGCAACACGCCAAAAUAUUACAAUUAGUCUUUAGUAAGUGAAAACAGCGUGAAGUUAAAAUAUUUUUAUAUGAUUAUUUUGGCAUUUUUAUACAUAUGUACAUAGAUACAUACGUAUGUAUAUAUUUAGAAGAUUUGCUAACUCUUGUUUUAUGUGCCAAGUUACAAUGUUAGUAUAUUCGAAUUUGCUGCUAUUUCUUAUGCAGGCGCUUACAUAGACACACCAUAGUUCAUUCCAAAUAGACUUAAUCAAAUAAACUGCCAUUGUACCAUAGCACAGUUAAAAAUUUCAGUUAAUAAAAAAAUUUAAAAGCAAAAUUAAUAAACUUUACCUAUUAUUAUACUUGUAUGUACAUUAGACCUUACAAACAAACAAAAAACGUUCGCCGUACGCUCCUGCGUCUAAAGUAUGCAACACAAGUUUGCAACACAAUUUCUAAAUUUUUUUUUUACAGAAGCUAAAAGUCACCUUUUUACAGUUUUCGGUAACACCAACAUUUGGCAAUAAAAAAUUGAUCUCUUUUAAAUAUGUAGCUCUAGUGGAAUAAUAGAAAUACUUCAUUAUAGAAAAUAGAAAAU